CAAAUCCAAUUCCCCUUUUACCCAUCAAUUGAUUGAUAUUUAUUCAAUCAAUUUCCCCCUCUGCGACUCGGCAAUCACAAUCUGCGGCAUCUUCCCCCUCUUCCCAUUUCUCUCCCUGUUUUCUCUCGAUCGUUCGCCCCUAUUCGAGAGAGAUCGGAAGCGGAUUCGGGAUGAGGGAAAUCAUCAGUCUUCACAUUGGUCAAGCUGGGAUUCAGGUCGGCAAUUCUUGCUGGGAGCUUUACUGCCUCGAGCAUGGCAUCCAGCCUGAUGGUUUGAUGCCCAGUGACACCUCGGUUGGUGUAGCACACGAUGCUUUCAACACAUUUUUCAGCGAGACUGGUUCGGGCAAGCACGUUCCUAGAGCUAUAUUUGUGGAUCUCGAACCAACUGUUAUUGAUGAAGUGAGGACUGGGACAUAUAGACAGCUUUUCCAUCCGGAACAGCUCAUAUCUGGUAAAGAAGAUGCUGCAAAUAAUUUUGCCCGAGGACAUUAUACAGUGGGUAGGGAAAUAGUUGAUCUGUGCCUUGACCGAGUUCGAAAACUAGCCGACAAUUGUACUGGUUUGCAAGGGUUCUUAGUGUUUAAUGCUGUUGGUGGCGGCACUGGAUCUGGUUUGGGGUCGUUACUUCUGGAACGCUUGUCCGUGGAUUAUGGAAAGAAGUCAAAGCUUGGAUUUUCCAUAUAUCCUUCUCCACAGGUAUCCACCGCCGUAGUCGAACCAUACAACAGUGUGCUUUCCACUCAUUCUCUGCUAGAACACACAGAUGUCGCUGUGCUUCUGGACAACGAAGCCAUUUAUGAUAUCUGCAGGAGAUCAUUGGAUAUCGAAAGACCAACUUACACCAACUUGAACCGCUUGAUAUCCCAAGUUAUCUCUUCUUUAACCACUUCCUUGAGGUUUGAUGGUGCUAUCAACGUGGAUAUAACCGAGUUUCAAACUAACCUUGUACCUUAUCCACGUAUUCAUUUCAUGCUCUCUUCUUAUGCUCCUGUGAUCUCUUCUGCAAAAGCUUACCAUGAGCAGCUAUCCGUUCCCGAAAUCACCAAUGCCGUAUUUGAUCCUUCAAGCAUGAUGGUCAAAUGCGACCCAAGGCACGGAAAGUACAUGGCAUGCUGUUUGAUGUAUAGAGGAGAUGUUGUACCCAAGGAUGUGAAUGCUGCUGUUGCUACCAUCAAAACGAAGAGAACAGUUCAAUUUGUUGACUGGUGUCCUACUGGCUUCAAAUGUGGUAUUAACUAUCAACCCCCAAGUGUUGUUCCUGGGGGCGAUCUUGCGAAGGUGCAGCGAGCUGUUUGUAUGAUAAGUAACAGCACAGCCGUGGCCGAGGUGUUUUCAAGAAUCGACCACAAAUUUGAUCUGAUGUAUGCUAAGCGGGCAUUUGUGCAUUGGUACGUGGGUGAGGGCAUGGAGGAAGGAGAAUUUUCUGAAGCCCGUGAGGAUCUUGCUGCUCUAGAAAAGGACUACGAGGAAGUUGGUGCGGAGGAUGUGGAUGAAGAGGAGGAAGGGGAAGAUUAUUAAAGCAGGAGUGAUAAAUAGCUGGUGGUGUCCUUUUUCAUCGUUUUCAUGUUUCUUUGUUAUCAAGUCCAAGCUGUGCGAUGUUCCAUACAUGUUGAGGAGUGGUUUCUGUUUUUAUGAUUGAUUUCAAAAUUUACAGUGUUAGAACUACUUGCAAAUUUUUUAUUAUAAGGAGUGAAGGUCUUCUUUCUAGGGGGCCCCCCCAUUAAAGCA